UGAGCAGGUCCAACAGUUGCUGCAGUGGGCUGUAAAAAAAUGAAUUGACAAGCCUGUCAACCGAAUUUCUAAACAACUGAACUAUAUAAUUUGGAACUGCACAUCACCAUGAAUUUGACACAUCAAACUUCUGUGGCUUGUAAUAGGACGGACAAUAUGAUGGUUCCUAACGAAGAAAAGGAAUACAGGCUGUCAUUACUUCAACAAACAAGAAGACUAAUGGAAGAAGAAACCAAAUGUAGUAAACUAAUUCAGCAGACAGUACCAACUGCAGAUAUGAUGUGCCCCCCAAUAUGGGAUCAUGUAAUGUGUUGGAACGCCACAGAGGCUGGAACCACUGUCGUACAACCCUGUCCAAACUACAUCCACAAAUUUCUACUUAACGGAUUUGCAAAGAAAACUUGCAUGGAAAAUGGCACUUGGUACAUAAGUCCUCUGACCAAUAAAACAUGGACUGACUUCACGGGUUGUUCCUUCGAAGAGCAAUGGCGCCAGUCCCUAAAUCAACAUCUCGACCGUAUACAGAUCAUGUCAAUCAUUGGCCACUCCAUAUCGCUAGUGUCUUUGACUAUAGCUGUCGGUGUCCUGUUACAACUCAGAUACAGGACUGUUUUGCAUUGUAAGAGAAAGAGAUCCAACAUAACUAUGUUCCAUAUCAAUUUGUUCCUCGCCUACAUAUUACGGGCUACCACGUCGAUUCUGAAAGACUAUCUACUGUGGAAUGGUUUUGCCCUUUCUAAAGAUGUGCAGCAAAACGGGGAAAUGUUUGGGUUCAAGGACGAUAGUUCGCACUGGGAGUGUAAGCUUCUAGUCACCUUCUUCGUGUACACCCUGGUAGCUAGUACAUUCUGGCUGACGUUGGAUGCCCACGUCCUGAUGAAGCUUAUUGACGUCGACCUCAGAUACCUCCAGAAGAAGAAAUACACCCGUCUUCACAUCGCCAUAGGAUGGGUGGGACCUCUUGCUGUUGUCAUACCGUGGGUUUUGUUUCGGAUUUUUACCGAAGACUAUAUUUGCUGGAAUACCAAUCCAAAAUCAUGGACAGUUUGGAUUUACCGAGUGCCGAUCUUUUUAAUGAACGUGGCGAAUGUCAAUUACUUCAUCAAAAUCGUGCGAUUUAUGUACCAGAGAAUGAAAAAGAAUCGCUCUAAAGGGAAACAUUCCAACAAUAGAAGCACUGUUUUAAAAAUGACCAAACAUAUCUGUAUCCUGAUUCCAUUGUUUGGGGUCCCUUAUAUGAUCUUCACUAUAAUGUCCGUCAUGCUGGAUGUCGCUUAUUUAUAUGCAGAGAUGUUCUUUAGUUCAUUCCAGGGAUUUUUGUUGUCGGUAACGCUGUGUUUUACGGAUAAAAGGGUAAUCCAGGAAUCGAGACAAAUAUUCCUUCGGUGUGCGAAUACAAAACCAAGAGUCGACAUGGGAAGAAAGAUGUCACAACUGUCCUCAACUACAAGAACGGUGCUAUCAGAUUCAUAGGAAAAUGUUUCCAAUCUUUGAAAAAAAAGGCGUGGGAGGCCACUGAAUGUAACGGCUGACUGAAAAUGAACGAAAUAUGUGCAUGAUACAAGGAAGUUUUAGACAUUUACAGAAUUGGUGAAACAAAGACUCCUUAACACAAUUGUAAAAAUAAACAGCUGACAUGAACAGGGUGUGAAUCAGAUUCUUACCCCCUUAAAAUUUUCUGCAAUAUGAAGUGUUGUCUGUCUCUGACUUUGUAAUGGCUGCGAAGUCUGGUUGCACUGUGCAAUUAAUUAUCUACAAGUAGCCUUUUUAUUGACAAUAAAAAAGGCGUGUGCAACGGUCUUGAGAAUUAUGACGAAGUAAAUUUGUUGUAAUUAGAACUUGGAUAGUUCAAAAUAGUCCCUGAUGUCAGACGGAGGAACAAGAUACACCGGUCAUAACAUUCAGGUUGUAAAUGGAAGAUUUGUUUUGUGGAUAUUUUAAAGAAUGUAUGCCGAAUGUCAAACGUCCUGUUCUUUUGACGUGCAUAAACAUCGAAGAGGUGGUUUACAACAUUUUCCUUAUAGACACAAAUAGUUUUGUAUUGAAAAAAUCUGUUUAUAUCAAAGAAUGGCAGGGAAGUGAAGUGAAGAAAUGGUAUAUUUUGAUCGAAUUUUCCCCCGAACGCGUGUUUCUGUUUGUUAUACAUAUUGGUGUUAAUCAGUUUAUUUAUUGUACAUGUAUAUGUUAUGGUAUCAAAUGUUAAUCAGUCAUUUUUGUACAGUUUUACAUACAAAUUGAUAAAAUGGAUUGGAAUGAA